AUCAACUUUCAACUUUGCAGCAGUCAGCUUUUAUUUAUCUUUAUCAGUUAUAGCUUCUGACCGUGCCAAUUUUUUGGCUCUUUUUUCUUUCUGUUGUUAACAGGAUACUUUUCGCCUCAAAAUGCAGGACGACUCCUCAGAUAAUUUGUGUAUCGUUUGCUGUAAAAGUGUUCAAUACUAUUCCAUAGGAGAAUGCGACCAUCCCGUGUGUUUCGAGUGUUCCACUCGCAUGCGAGUCUUGUACGAGCAGAAGGAAUGUCCCAUAUGCAGACAGAUCAUGCCCUUAGUAAUUUUUACAGAAAAAGUGAAACCGUUCAAGGAAAUCAAUCACAAUGAUUUCCAUUUUGAUGACUCAGCCAAAAUUUCUUUUGAAAAUGCGGAUAUUAUGAAGGCUUAUUAUGACCUUCAGACCAUCAAGUGUCCGAAGUGUCGAUCAUCAAACCAAACUGCUUUCAUGGACUUCAAAGCACUUCAAGCUCAUGUGAAGGAAGAACAUAACCAUACUUACUGUGAUCUAUGUGUGAAACAUUUAAAGAUUUUUCCGUUUGAACGGAGAGCCUACUCCAAAUCAGAGCUUAUAACGCACAACAAGCAAGGUGAUAGAAACGAUAGAUCUCAUAAGGGCCAUGCUCUCUGUCAAUUUUGUAAUGAGCGAUUCUUCGAUGUAGAUCUCCUCUACCGACAUCUUCGCAAGGACCACCUAUUCUGCCAUUUUUGUGAUGCUGAUGGACAAAACAAAUUUUAUAGCGAAUAUAGGUACUUACGGGAUCAUUUCCAAAAGAGGCAUUAUCUUUGUGAAGAAGGGGACUGUCGAAACGAGCAAUUCACCAAUGCUUUUAGAACCGACAUUGAUCUGAAAGCUCACAAAGUUAACACUCACGGCAAAAAUUUGGGAAAGCAAGCUUACCGUGAAGCGCGUAUCGUAGACCUUCAGUUGAAUUACAAACCGAGGAGUGACAACAGAAACCGUUCUGCACCUCACUCAUCUAGAGGCAAUGAAAGCACUUCAUCUCAAGCUACAACUAGUGAUCGAGCCCGUGAACGGGAGCGAGAACUAGUAGUCGUUGACUACUCGGAAUUUCCCUCCCUGGCUGGAUCAUCCAGCUCUACGGCAGCGCCUGUCUUCAGGAAGUUCCCUGACAGAAUUUCAGGUCGGAACAACUUCAAAAUGUCGAAAGAAAACUUCCCUGCACUCGGAGGAGCAGGCAAUUUUCCUGCCUUGGGUGGAUCGAAAGAAAACUUUCCUUCUCUUAGUGGUGAUGGAAACACCAGACCCACAUCAUCAAACACCAAAUCAGCACCAGUAAACACAAAGCCCACAACAACUACCUCCAAGUCGAUGCCGGUCAAUCCUCAAGAACAAAAAGCUGAAGCUACAACCAGUGCAAGCAGCGGCACUGUCAGAAACUUAAAAAGCUCUGAAGUUGCUCAAUCAUCCAAUGAAAAUGUCCUCACACAAUGGGGUUCUUCCAAGAAAAAUGAACAACCUCAACAAGUCGAAAAACCGAAACCUGUGAAAAAAACGCGGACGGAGGAGUUUCCAAGUUUAGGCACAGUUAGUUCCAACAGCGGCAAACAGAAAAAACUUAAUAAACCUAUUGAAAAUGAUACAGUGUCGAUUAGUCAAUCUAACAAGAUCAAAGUAAAAAAUAAAAGCGAAGCAGAGAACAACGUAGAUAAGUCUAAGUCAGAGAAAAACAAAAAGAAAAACAACGAAUCAAAACAUAAUGACGGAACGAGUAAAAGUACAAAGAAAGAGCUAUCCUCAGAAAAUAACAAAAACUCAGUCAAUAGUAGUAGUAGUAAAAACAGUGUUAACGAUAAGAAAACUAAUGAUAGCAAAGCUAUGAAUAAUCUGGCUAAGGCUAUGAGUAAUUUGACUAAUCUUUCCGGGAAAGAUAAAAAUGCUGUGAAUAACAAAAUGAAUCUUAAAAACUCAUCAAAUGGUAUGGCUGUGAAUAAUACUUCUGGAAAUAGUGCUCUUGUGAAUAACAAAACCUCUGGAAAUAGCCAGGCUGUGAAUAACAAUUUUCCUUCUCGAGGUGAAGUGAGUAACAGCACGAGCUCCUCAAACAGCAUGGCUGUGAAUAACAAUGUUGGGAAGAAAAAUAAAAGUGCAAUCCUGAACGACAAGAAUUUCCCUGCCUUAAGUAGUAGUCACUUAGAGCAUAAUCAAACGAAUGGAAAUCAAAGCAAAAAGAAGCAGAAGUCCUCUAGUACUGUAUCUGAGCCAAAAUCCAAGUCAGUGCCACCAGGUUUCGAGCCUCAGAUGCGGCAAGCUUCCACUAACCCUCCCUCUAAGUCAGCUGUAAAGCCACCCCCUGGCUUUACCUCUCUUAGUAGUCCAGCGUUUAAUCAAAGCUUCUCCUACACAUUUCCUCCGAACUUUGAGGAUCGAAAUGCGGCCUUAGAAAGAACCUGUCGGAACAUCUUCGAGAAGAAUAAAAAGUCAUUCCGUGAUUUUGUUCAAGAGUCGGAGCUGUUUGUCGGGGGAAUCAUAAAUGCAGACACGUAUCUGAAGACAAUUGGUGCUCUCCUUGGAAUGGACCAACUUCACACUGUUUUUCCGGAGUUGAUAGCUCUUCUGCCUAUUAUUCAAAAGCAACAGGAAUUGUUGUCUGCAUACGAAAAAGUGGCGAGCAAAUCAGCUAAACGAUUGAGGAAUGAGGAAUGCGCUUUAUGCGGCCAAGUGCUGAAUUCUGCAGAUAGGCCAACUCAUGCGUCGGCGCACGUCCUCAACAUGAAUUUCCCUCCUCUUGGACUUACUUCCGUUUCCAGAAAAUGAGACUAAUACUGUCUACGUCAACUUAGGACCCUUUUUCAAGAGCUUUGUUCACCUCAGUAAAGAAGGUACACAUGUCGUUUCUUCAAAUUGAGUCAGUUGCACUGGUCACAGCAUUGUAUUUUGAUGCUUGAUUCUCGUAGGUCAGCUGAAAAUAAUAAGAUCAGUUCAAACAGUAACUUCUUAAGUUUAUUAUAAACUGAGGUAUCGCCCUUUGAAUAAUUUGGGUUAUGAUGUCAUCCACAGCAGUGUUGCCUCCCUUGGUUUCUUCCACCUUGCUUUCAUUUGUCAAAAAGACACACAUCUGCACUGUUCACGCAACCAGAAACUCGGAUGAAAUGUAGGUGGAAUAAAUCAAGGGUUUCACUACUGUGUUGGAUGACGCCAUGAACGGAAUAUUUCAAAGUGCGACAUCUUGAUUAAUAUUGAACUUAAAAAGUUGCUGUUUGGACCGAUCUUAUUCUUUUUAGCUAAUCUACUAGAAUCAAGCAUCAAAAGGCGAUUCUAUGACCAACAAAACUGACCCAUUACCAUGAGUCAGAACUUAUUAAUCUGUAUGAUUGGAUUUGUGCUGCCAAACAAGUGAGUGGCUUCGCUUUAACCUUGUAAGCUGUGGUUUAGAAUUUUGGAACUUACCUAUCAUAUCCCAGUUACCUUAAAUGAGAGUGUUAACACUUUGGUCCCCAACACAAGAGAUGAAAGUCAUUUAAUAAGUUUUUCCUUGCACAAAAAUGUUUUAUCGCAGAAUUUGCUAAUUUUUUUAAAGUUCUUAUCCUUUAUUUUAUUUCUUUUUCGAUUUUAGCCUAAAAUCAAUACCGAAAAUCUCCGUUGUUUUCUCUUUAAAAGAUUCAUCACCUGUGGGCUGAUUUUUGAAAUGGAUAAAUGAAGCAAUAAACAAAGAAGACAAAGGGGGAAGGGAGUGCUCCUAUUGGUUAAAGCGGGUGGCUCUUAUCGACCAAAGAGGGAAAAUGAUUACCUGUAGGGUUGCCAUUACUUAGUCUAUCACGUACCCUCUUUUGUCUGUUGCACCCACCUGCUACUACCAAUCGCUCCAUUUUUCUUUUAUCCUCUUUGUCUAUCAAUUUCAAGGAUCUACUCUCAGAAAGAAAACUGAAACACUAUAUUCUGACUAUCAAUCUUUUUUUUUCUUUCUUUUUUUUUGAUUUUACAUGGGAUAACAUAUUGCUUGACUAAGGGAAGUUCUUGAAUUCUAUCCUAACACUUUUGAAGUAUCCUACUCACAGCACACAUUUUUCUGCUCUCUGAAGUCUAUUGAUGAGCAGCGUUACUUAAGGAAAAUAUCUCCCCAAAUCGCCUGAAUUCAUUGUACUCCUAAUCUUGACUUUUUAAUAGUUCUGUAAAACGCCAAAGGUUUUAAUGAGACUGCAUUGAAAGCAAGGUCUUUUUUGCUUCAUCCAAGUCAUACACCUCGUUACGCUCAUUUAGAGAGCGGGUAAAAUUUCAUCUCAAGUUUUGUCUGCGUCGAAAGCUGCUGCAAGAGGUCAAUUGUAUUUAAAGCUCUAUUUAGAGGAUGAAGUUUACUCUACACUUUAGAUAAAUGGUUAAACAAAACUGAGUGCAGGAACUUGGAUGAACUGGUUUCAGCUUGGCUAAAAAUGGUAUUGCAGAGCAAAACGUGAGAUUAUCCUUUAACUGUACCUAAGCUUGCCGUUUGCCAAAGUAGUUUGAUGUAAAUUCUUUGUAUACUUGAAGGGUAACGAUCAGCCGAAACUAAAAUAAAGUUCUCUCAGUUUUCGUAAGAUUAUGGGAGGCAACUCAAGUUGUUCUUGAUGUAUCCCUGUUUAUAAGUAUAUUAAAAUGCCAAUUACACGAAAAGUCACGUCUGUUUUGAGGGUAUUCUCAUCAAUUGUGAUUUUAAGAUCACUGCAGCUAGACGUCUCAGCGUUUUUCUCAUCUUUUUCAUGAUUAACUUAUGUUGAUUUCUGUAUUUUUUAAUUUUCUGUCGUUGUCCAAUCACUCUCUGUUGUAACUUGUUUUACAAGAAAUUGGGCCUUUUAUUAUUGAAGUUAAAGUUAAGUUUUAUCCAGAUUGAAAGUAAGUGUCAAGCCAUAUUUUUCCUAGAAGAGCAUUAAUUUAUUUUUCUUACUCUUUCCUUUUUUAUCGUCGUUUUAUGUCCCGACUGUUGCAAUGUUUCCUCGUAUUAUUGAAGGCUAUCGUUCCUUUGUUUUUGGCUCAAGAGGAGUGUACAUAGUGAACGCGUUUUCCCAAGGAUAUCCAGCUUCAAAAAUUAAUGAUAUCGAUUAUCAUCAAUGUGUUUGCUGUCAAAUAGUCAGCAUCGGAUUCUGAUAAUAUUUGUAACUUUUUAAGCUAUUGAGUAGUCCGCUACCCUUAUGAGUCUCUAGAUGAGGUAUGAGUUAAAGCAUUUAUGCGGAAAACAAAUCGCACAACAAAAAUUACAGAAAUCAACCUCUAAACAAAACAGAAGCGUUAACAAUAUUCACAUUCGAUAAGUGGCAAAAUUACAAAUUACAUUGUUUGCAUGUUCUAAUUUCCAUUUGUUCUGUGUUAAAGAAUACUUUCAAAUACUUCGUUCAGGUGUUGAUUUUCGAACUUCCUGUUGUGUGAAUCAUUUUCUGUAUGAAAUUUGGAAGAGGAGACAUGAUACAUUUUACCUUGUCCAGUGGCCCACUUUGACGUAUUUCUGUCAAAGGGAACUAUGUGCAUUAAGACAUGAGCCCUGAGACCCAUAAAAGUACACGCAUAACAGGGCUCACGUCAUAAUGCAUAUAGUUCCGUUUGAUAGAAAUACGUUCCCUUAAAGCUGGGGCACCCAGCCCAAUUCUUCAUUACACUCAUGAAAUGCUGGAUACUUACCAUUGGAUGCCAGCAAUUGGAUUAUGAUGACAGCCGGACCAAGUUCAGCCAAAAGGAACCAGUUUUUUCGUUUUGUUUUUUUAAAAAAAACGAUGUAUCUUUUUUUAAUAUCUGUGUAUGAAUAGGUUCUUGUGUAAACGCAUUUGUGCAACAGGCUCCUUUCCAAUGAACUAGGUUCAAUUACAAUCGCAGAACAGAUAUUUAAUGAUUCUUGGUGUUUGAAUUGAAACCACCCGCUCAUGAAAACUCAAUGCUCUACGUGAUUCGCAUCGCACGCUAAACGUUACUAUGAUCGUCUCUGCGAUUAAAAUAUCUGGCAACCUCAAUCUUGACGCUUUGGCUCAGCUAUAGCAAAUUACUUAUAGUUUGAAAAACAAAUUGUGUGAAAUGAACAUUGCUCAAUUGAGAAGCUCUCUGAAACCGUUGUAGUGCGCGAUUUGACUCACGUAGAGCUUUGAGUUUCUUGUGAGCGGGCAGUUCAAAUUCCUUGCAACCAAUGCGAAAUGAAAAUGUUAAUGUCUCCGUUAGGAGUUGGUUUCAGUAAUUUUCGUUGUGCGAAUCGUGUUCUACGUGAAAUUCUGAUUAAGAAACAUGUAUCAGAAUGCUUAAAUUCGUAUCCUGUCUAGUGGUCCAUUCCAGAAAUUUCGACAACUUUGAUUCCUGUCAUUCUAUUUUUUAUCUCUUUAAAAAGUGGUUUUAGUACAUACAUAUUCGAUCUUCAACCGAAAGAAGUGAAUUGAAACUGGAGUCCCAGCAAAGAUUUUCUUGCAUGCAUUUUUGAGCUUCUACUUCUAGGGUAGAAACGCUCAUAAAGGGAGAUCACAUAGGAUACUACCUAGAUUUGAUCCGAGUGUGGCAUAGUUGCAUACUGCAUUGGAAAUUAUUUGACCUUUCCAAAAUCUGUUACAAGGCCUCCUCUUGUCAGCAUAAAGCCUCACUCACUUGUACAGUUUUGAACUAGUGUAAGAUGUAAGAUUUUUAGUAAUCUUUUUUGUAAAAAUGGUCCAAAUUUUAGUUAACAGCCCUACCAGUGUACAGUUGUCCAUUUGUUAGAUGCAUCUAGGAAGGGAUCAACUCGUUUCUAAUGUAAACAUUUUUGAUAUUUGCGAUGGAUGAUCUUGUUUUUACCAUGUUAUUUUUCGCUGUUUAACGUCAUUUUAUUAAUUGUUAUUUAUAACUGUCCAUGGAAUAAAUUUUUUGUUGGACUUUUAA